AUGUUGUGUCACAUCAGUUGUCAUCGACAACCACUUGAGAAGUUCUGAGUUUAUCUACCGGUUGGAAAAACGCUUUGACAUCAUGAGUUACGUUCCCUGCCUCGCGGUAUUCGUGUGUCUGGUGGCAAAUGGCUGUACACAGUGGGCGGGACUGGAAGGUGCCAUAAGGGCGAAGUGGUUGCGGGUAGUGAGCGACACGCUUAAUGUCACCCAGAGUGCGUACAUAUGGAAUGCUGACUCCGGCAUCAGCUUUAGCUCCAGAAGCAGGGAGCUGGUCGGAACUGGCAUCGCUAGGAGCCGCACCUACACAGAUUACAGCAGUGCUAAGGUGGCAGCAAAGCUUCAAAGGGAUGUUGGUAGAACGUGCUUCCUUCUCGACGUCGUCCCUGCCCUUAUCGGUACCUUCAGUGCAACAAGCACCGCUUUGCAGGCGCUUACAUUGUUAAACACGACUGUGGAGAAAAGCUACCAUACAGCUGGAUCUGUCAUGAACGCAACCAGUCAAAGUGCCUUCAAUUUGAAACAUCCCUUCAUUCAAAAGAAGUGUUCCGACAGAAGAAACAACUACGUGGCGACCACCGAAAUGGCCGCAGGAGCCCCUCCCCCAGCUGCAAGUGAUAAGUUCACUUUUUUCACCUCGUGGGGGACUGUGCAUCUCUACAUCCUUCGGUCAACUGGUCUUGUGACAACCACCACUGCCACCCCUCCUUAAAAGCUGUCCACAUCAUCGUGUAUGUCUUCAGAAUAAAGAAAUGUGAUCGCUCA